AUGCCAGCGACUCAGACGGCUUACGGCUUCGAGAGGGGAAAAAGAAAGAUUCAGCGCUGGGACAACUGUCCCAUUCCAACCCCCGGCGCCAACGAGGUAUUGCUCAAGAUCGAGGCAGCAGGAAUCUGCCACUCAGACAUCCACAUUCUCAUGUCUCAAUCGCCACCAAUGGACAGAAUGGUGAUGGGUCACGAGGUAUGUGGAACAAUUGCCGAGGUAGGACUGGCUCUCACCGACGACCCAAGGUACGAGGUUGGCCAAAGGUGUGCUUUGCUUAUUGGCAUGGCGUGUGGAGUCUGUGUGGAUUGUCGAAACGGAAAAGACAACCAGUGCUCGAGAGCUCGGGGCGGGUUUGGCAUCUUCAGCGACGGCGGGUUCCAGUCGUACCUUGUGGUGAAGGAGGUGAGGUGCUUGCUUCCAAUUCCAGACAACGUUACAUUUGCCCAGGCUGCGCUGGCGUCGGACGCCAUUCUUACACCGUUCCAUGCAAUCAAGAAAGUUCGUCAUGUGCUCAAUCCAACGGCCAAAGUGUUGGUGUUUGGUGCUGGCGGGCUUGGACUCAACGCUCUUCAGAUCUUGAGGACUUAUGGCUGCCACAUUGUCUCCAUAGACAAAAAAGCGUCCAAUAAAGAGCUUGCGUUGCAGUCUGGCGCCAGCGAAUUCUACACCAGCGCAGAUGAUGUUGAUGAAGACUCGGAGUCGUUCGAUGUAUGUUUCGAUUUUGUCGGUUACCAGGCUACUGCCAACGGGUGUGUGGAAUAUGUGAAAGCCAACGGACAUAUUGUUGUUGUCGGCAUGGGCAACUCGAAGUUGAUGUUGCCUAACUAUAACUUGGCGAGGCGUGAUGUGACAGUCUACUACAACUUUGGCGGUACGUCGCUGGAACAGAUGGAGAUCAUGGAGUGGAUCUCACGGGCGUGUUGA